CUUUAGCGUCGUCAAUACGCAUAAUGCUUAGAACACGUCGUCAUCAUGAAACUGAAGGGACCGCUGGUGUUUUUGUUUUCUCUGACGUGCUUAUUAGUCGUGAUAUUUUUAUUCAUUUCUAAUAAUAUCCUGACGUCCAGAUUGGUAAGAAUUCCCAGCGCCAGCAGAUUGGGUGCAACUACCGAUUACCAACAAAAAUGUACACCAGCGAAGAAGAUAGUUUUUGUAAAAACACACAAGACAGGCAGUACAACAACUGCAACAAUACUUGAACGAUAUGGUCAGAAGCACUCACUUGUAUUUGCUCUUCCCAAAAAAACACAUAUAUUUUCGACAACUGAAUUAUUCAACAGGACUAUGGUCACCAAAAUACCGCGUGGAAUUACAUUCAACGGAAAUAUAAUAAAUGGAUAUAACAUCCUUACAAACCAUGCAAGAUAUAACCGUCCGGAAAUGGACGCAGUGAUCCCGAAUGCAAAAUUUGUUACCAUCUUAAGAGAACCGACGACCCAGCUCGAAUCAGCCUUCGCAUACUUUCACUUGGCUGAUGGGUGGGGAUUGGAGAAUACGCCAAAUGCCUUUGAGAUGUUUAUGAAAACUCCGAAAGCAUAUUUUGAGACACCAUUUUUCAUGUCGCAUCUAUCAUUGAAUGCACAACUGUACGAUCUUGGAUUAGAUCAUCAAUUCCACAGUGACAGAUUUAAAGUAGAUUAUAAAAUCCGUCAACUGGAGAACGAGUUUGAUUUAAUAAUGAUUAUGGAAUAUUAUGAUGAAUCAUUAAUACUACUUAAACAAGUAUUGUGUUUAGAGUAUGAAGAUAUUAUAUAUAUUAAAAAAGGUGAGCGACAACAACAAAACAAAUAUGACAUAAGUCCUAAACUACGUGAAAAAAUGCGAAGGUGGAACCGCAAUGAUGCCAGGUUGUAUAACCACUUUAAUAAAACACUUUGGGAAAAAAUUAACGCAAAUAGAAAACAGUUUGACAAAGAACUUAAAGAAUUCCGAAAGCUUCAAGAUGAGGUUACAGAAAAGUGCGUCGAACACGUAACAUUAAAUGAUGGAUCAACUAAGAGACGAAUUCCAUUAAAUGGUUUAAAAGAUGAAGUUCGUUUUUGUAAAAGGAUUUUCAAGGGGGAUGGGCAUUUUGUUAAGGAUCUCCGACAGCGGUACAUUGAAUUAGGUCUCAUUAAGCCACAAGAAAAUGGAGAUGGUGAAUCUAACCAAGAUGCAAGGUACCUACAAACGCAAAUUUCAUCAACGUGCUCUCCUGCUACGCAGAUAGUUUUCAUAAAAACCCACAAAACUGGUAGUACAACAGUUGCGACAAUGCUUCAAAGAUAUGGAAAAAGUCAUAAUCUAAUCUUUGCUCUACCUAAAAUCGGACAUCUUUUCCCAAUCAAAGACCUGUUCAAUAGAGAUAUGGUUGUUAAAAUACAAACUGGGGUUACUGUGAACGGAAAGACCAUAACCGGUUAUAACAUCAUCACAAACCAUGCAAGGUAUAAUCGUGCAGAAAUGGACUCAGUGGUACCAAAAGCUAAGUUUGUAACAAUUUUAAGAGAACCGGUAGCUCAACUGGAGUCGGCUUUUGCAUACUUUGAUAUGGCUGACACAUUCGGCCUUAAGAAUACCGCGGAACCGUUAGUCAAGUUCAUGGAAAAACCGAGAGCGUAUAUGAGUCAAAGCUAUACUAAUACAUCUAUGGUACACCUAGCAAGAAAUGGACAACUAUAUGAUCUUGGGCUAGACCCAAGUCUUUAUAAAACAUCUGUUGCUAUUCGAGAUAAAAUUCGAGAAAUUGACAGAGGGUUCGAUUUAGUAAUGAUAAUGGAAUACUUUGACGAGUCGCUUGUUCUUUUAAAGAAUUUAUUGUGUUUGGAAUUUGACGACAUAGUAUACAUCGCAAAAGGCGCACGGAAUGAUAGAUAUGAAAUGGAUCCAGAACUUCGGAAAUCUAUCAGGAAAUGGAACUUCGCUGAUUCACAAUUAUAUGAAUAUUUUAAUAAAUCAUUAUGGAAUAGGAUACAGAAAAACCGGGAAAGGUUUGACAAAGAAUUGAUGCAAUUUAGAAUACGACAAAAAGAAGUUACCGAACUAUGUGUGAAACAGUAUUAUACGAUCGAUAAUGAACUUAGAAACAGAAUACCACCUAAUCGAACUGAAGACGAAAAUAAAUUCUGUAAAUCUCUAUAUGCUGGAGAUCGUAAUUUUGUUAAACGUCUUCGACAGGAAUACAUUGAUCUUAGUAUUUUUGAUAGUACUGAUUAAAAUUGUAAUAUAAUAUGUGAUUAUUAACAUUAAAAGGCAAAAUACUGAAAACAAGAAUGUUGUGGGAAUGGGAAAAUGGAUUGAGGCCUAUCCGUGGUAAAGAUCAUACAAGUUUGAAAAGCAACAGCUAAAAUUUAAACUUAGGCCUUAUAGUAAACAACCUGAAAACAAGAAUGUUGUGGGAGUGGGAAAAAUGGAGGUAUCCGUGGUAAAGAUCAUACAAGUUUGGAAAGUAACAUCAUAAUUUUAAACUUAGGCCUUAGUAAACAACCAGAAAUAGAGCUAUAGCACAGUUGCAUGAUUUUCCAUAUUGUACUUAUAUACAAAUACCUUAUUAUAUAUACAUAUACUUAUGUACAUACUGGUAUAUAAAGCCCUGUUCACAUUAUUAAAUUAUAUUUGACAAAACAUGUGACAUGCCUAAAUAUGGUCAUGAUAACAACAGCAGAGCAUGACCAUAAAUAGGCACAUCAUGACUAUAUAAGGACAUGCAACAGUUGAUUGUCAAAUUAAAUGUGAUAGUGUAGAUAGAGCUUAAGGCAAAUAACGGGUCAAAAUGCUAUCAGGUAUACAUCACAAAAUGUAUUUUGAAAAAUAGCGACAAUGUUUCUUAUAAAACUUUUAGAUCCAUCUUAGAAUCCCAUAUCCUAUUCUUAGAACCUGCUUCUUUUAUACCAAGUGGCAUAACAAUCCUGUAAUGUAU